GUGUUUGUCCCUUCAUGCUCAGUUCAUUGGUUAAUCACAUGCUAUUUGUCAGACAAUUAUGCAGCCGCUUCGACUAUUUUGCUGACUUGCGAGGCUCAGACAAACGCAGUCUUUGGGGAGACGACGACAACGACGACGACGACGACGACGCUGCUACUGCUUUUUUUAAACAGGUUUUCUAUGCCGUAACUGGGAAAAUAUUAAGAGGACAACAGCGCACCCUGGUGGUACCGAUGGCCAUGGCCCCGUCGCUCCCCCAAGCAGUGACCCUCCUGUCGUUCUGGACGGUGGUUGUCGGGAUGCCAGACCCGACCAAGCGGGACCAGCUGAUGCGCCAGGAGGCCUCCAGGCAAACGGGCGGCGAGGUGGUGCUCAACCCGGCCGAGCGAAAACUGGAUGCUAAGCUUCGCCAAAUGAAGGAGCGAGAAAUGUGUGCCGACCCCUUCCCACCUGCUCUCCACUUCUUCAAGGCUAAGCCUCUCAUCCAGAGAAGCUCCGUCUUCAAGUUGCUGCGGGACAUGCCCAAAGGCGGCGCCCUCCACCUCCACAGCUCCUCCAUGGUGAGCGUGGAGUGGCUGGUGAAGAACGUGACCUACCGUCCGAACUGCUACGUCUGCUUCACGUGGGACAACUCUGUCCGCUUCGUCUUCUCCCAGCGACAACCUUUCCCACGCUGGGACUGCUUCUACUGGCAGCUGCUGCACACCCUGAGGGCCAAGUACGGAGACCCGACGGGCUUCGACGCCAGCUUAAUGCAGCACCUGACGUUGGUCACGGAAGACCCGGACGGCGAGUACCCGAACCAGGACGCCGUGUGGGAGAAGUUUGAGAAGGCCUUCAUAGCCACUGCAGGCCUGGUGAGCCACGCCCCCGUACUGAGGGACUACAUCUAUCAAGGUCUUCAGGAGCUCCACCAGGACAACGUCAUGUAUCUGGAGCUGCGCAGUGGUCUUUCCAGGGCGUAUGAGCUGGAUGGAACCAUCCAUGACAAGAUGUGGACGUUGAGGACUUUUCAGGAAGUCACAAAGGAAUUUGUCAAAGAUCAUCCGGACUUCCUCGGUGCUCGCCUCAUCCUAGCCGUGCACAGGGCUUGGAGUUCAUCUGAGGUGAAAGCAGCUGUGAAGGAGGCCAUUGAGUUGCAGAAGGAGUUCCCUGAUGUGGUUGCAGGAUUUGACCUGGUGGGCAGGGAGGACAGCGGCAGGCCGCUAUGGUACUUCCGGGACGCUCUCUCCCUGCCUGAGCAGCUGGGCGUCACGUUGCCCUACUUCUUUCACGCCGGAGAGACCGACGAGGAAGGCACCGAGGUGGAUCAGAACAUCCUGGACGCGCUUCUGUUCAACACCAGACGCAUCGGGCACGGAUACGCUUUGGCGCACCACCCGCUCGCUAAGGAGCUCUCUCGGGAAAGGAACGUGGCGGUGGAACUGUGCCCGAUCUCAAACCAGGUUCUGAAACUGGUCUCGGACCUGCGGAACCACCCUGCGGCGGUGCUCAUGUCCGAGGGUCACCCGAUGGUGAUCAGCUCAGACGACCCGUCCAUGUUCGGAACCACGGGCCUGGCCUAUGACUUCUUUCAAGCCUUUAUGGGCAUCGGUGGUCUGAAAGCUAACCUGGGCACCCUGAAAGAACUGGCCCUCAACUCCAUCAGGUACAGCUCGCUGCCGGACCACCUGAAGGACACGGGCCAGGCGUUGUGGCAAAAGAAAUGGGACGCCUUCAUUUUGGCUCACCUUUGAGAACCAAACAUUUUCAAGUCCUCAAGUCGUAGUAUCAGUAGGAUUAUGAUGACUUUAUGAAUAAAUUCUUCUAAACAUC